GCGCCUGUUGACAUGGUCGAUAUCCAGGCUGUAAUCUAUCUGUUAUAUACAAACACAACAUCUGUAUUCGAUCUCCCGAAUAUGCUUGCAGUCGGCAACAUUAUCAACAUUUGUACUAGCUUGCACGCAUUCAAUGGGAUGAUUCGACACGUACUAGAGAGACAAUAUAAUCAUCUCUUUGAGGUACACGUGCUUUAAGGAAACAUCGCACUUCAAUGACUAAAAAUAUUCGCGGGUGUUGAAUGACGGACGCUUAUCCUGGAUCAUAAGGCAAAUUUGUCCCUGGAGUCAGUCAAUUUCGAAAACGCGGGAAUUGUUGCUAUAUAAUUAGCUAAUACGGAGACUGCGAUGUGUAGUAGGAUACUUAAUGAAAGUUUAUGAAUUAUGUACACAUGGUUGUAAGGUGAGCAUACACACUAGAACGGCCGUGCAUCGCUGAAGCAUACAGUAGCAGGCACUAUCGAUCUUUUGCUCCGUGCCAUCUUCACGCUAGCCUGACUCGAGUUAGUCUGGCCAGCUUACUGUUUGUGUAUUGACGCGAGAACGAAAGAACGCGUUGUCCGGUGGUUGAUUCGGUCCUGACACAGAAGAUGGCAUACCUCAAUUAGUGAUGUCCUACCGUUAAUUUCCUUUUGGACUUGGAACACACUUUUGUAGCGGUGUUGUAGGUAUUUACAACACACCACGGAUAUUACAGUGCUGUUACAGGUGUUGGGACAUGUACAGGUAUUUUAAGCGACGAACAAUGCAUUAUUGAAGUUUUAAAAAAAUACAACAGAGAGUUACUUUUGUACUUUUGAUAAUUGCUGUUUUACAUAUUUUGACGAGAAAUAAUUAGGCAAUGUUUGACAGAUGAAUGACACGCUAUUGUCUCGUCUCCCGUUUGUUUUCAACGUAGCUAGUACACAAUUUAAUGGCGAGAAUACCAAUUUAGGAAUUUGAUAGUUCGGUCAGCAUGUCCGAAAUGGAGGAUAGGGCGGACAUAAUUCAGAGAGUAUCUGUCCAGGACAAGGACAAACGGAAUGGUGUCCCACCAGAAGUUCCUCCUUUGUGGGUCCCAGAGGAAAGGGACAAAAUUAGAUUCUGGGACUUAUUCAAGGAGAACUGGAUUUCCGUUGUAACCGAUUGCCUAGUUUUUGGAAGUUUUGGAAUGGGCGUGGCAUUUCUGGGACCCACACUCUUCGAUUUGGGAUGCCAAACAAAAUCAGAUCUUAAAGAGAUGAAUUGGGUGUUUUUUGUUCAACUUCUAAUGACAUUAGUGGGAUCUAUUUCGGCUGGAUGUUUGGCUGACAGGGCUGUUCCUGUGCACGUGCUGAUGUUGGUUGGUAUGGUAGGUUUACCUAUCACAAUGUUUAUAAUUCCGGCCUGCUCGGCGUUUGCCGGUUUAUUAAUAGACCUAAUGUUAAUGGGAUGGUGCAUGGGCUGUAUCGACUGUGUGGCCAAUUUGAGGAUGAUUCGACGAUUCGAGACAAACGUUGCGCCAUUUUUACAGGCUAUGCAUUUCUUCUAUGGUCUUGGUGCGUUUGUGAGUCCAAUGAUAGCUGCGCCUUUUAUACUAAACGUGGACUGUUCAGUAUACAUAGACGGCGUCACGCUGAAACCUCCAGUCACAGGGGCAGGAGAAAACGACACUAUGACGUCAGUUGUCCCGCCAAAUCCUCCACGUUUGUCACGUGCCAUCAAUUUGAGUAAUUCCAAAACAGCGUUCCUGAUUUUAGGUUCAAUUCAGUUAGUUAUUACCGUGAUCGUGGUUAUGGUAGUUGUGCUAGAAAAACAGAGAGUUUUUGGGACUGGUGCUGCUCUGUCACAGUCAAAUAGUACAAGGUCCCUGCACUCAGUUUCAUCAGACAAAGACCUAAAUGACAUUUCCGGAGAAGGUGUGAUUGCGAGGUGUUUCUAUUGUGGCACACGUGAAAUGUUACUCGUUACAGCUAUAACAUCUAUAUUGUUAUUCAUAUUCGACGGUUUGCAGUCAUCGUAUGCAGACUAUAUCUACUCUUAUUCAGAAAAGAAUGUGAGUGGUAUUAAGAAAGGAGAAGGAGCCGUUUUAAACGCAUGUUUUUGGGGCCUGUUUGCCUUGGGUCGGCUUUUGUCUAUCGGGAUAGCCACUCGAUUUACGCCGGCUUUCAUGCUGCUUUGUAAUCUAGUAGGAACUGGUAUAGCCUUGCUUUUGACGUUAAUCUGUCGCACUGAUCACACAGUCGUGUACGUGGGCACGUGCAUCGUUGGCCUAUUCAUCAGUAGCAUGUCACCUUCGUGCAUGUCAAUGGCGGAACAAUAUAUAAAAAUUACCCCAUCUGUUGCCUCCUGUCUUGUGGUAUGUGCAGCCUUGGGAGAGACUCUUUGUCCAGUCAUUGUUGGUAAUCUGUUUGUGUCGUUUGGACCGCCGAGUUUCUUGGUAUUCUGCCUAGUCAUCGUAUUAAUUGCCAUGUUGUUUUAUUGGGGUCUGUAUGCCAUAGGACGUGGCACACAUAAAUAUCAAGAACACGGUAUGGAUUCAUUCUUGUGGAUGCCGGGUUAUAAAAGACGUAAAGGAGGGGAGAACACUCUCAUCAAACCUGCCGCAGUAAAAUACUAUUCUCAAAUGACAGAGGAUGGACUAGCAGAAGCCACGGACAAGAUGGAACUGGAUCCGGUCACGAGACCAUCAACAAAUUAUGAUACCAAGAGUUAUCUCCCUGACACAACCAUGAACGACAUGCACGGAUAAUUACAACUAACGGGGAACUUAAUGGAAACAUUCCAAAUUAUAUCAUCUCUCAUACCAUUGAUUUUAAACACCAUUUAUCUAGAGAAAUUAAUAUAUCUUUAAAAAUUAGAUAAUUUAUUUGUCAUAUACGGAAUAAUAUAAAGAUAGAAAAGACAUAUACAAUAUUUAUCUUAUAAUAUUAAAUUUGGAAAAUAUCUUUCCACUAUUAACUGAUGUUGACAGGGAAACAUUAUAAAACGCCUCGUGUCAAUGUAUCAUUGUUUAAUCAGAGAUUUAAAUUAUAAAUUCAACUCUUUAUCUGUGUUCUUGUUACAUCGGUUAAAGGAAAACCGGAGUUGUCUUUCUUGGUAUAGAUAUGCUUUAUUUGUUCUGUGUUAUAUUUGUUUAGUGUUUUGUUCUGUUUUAUAUUUCGUUCUUUUUAAAAAUUUCUUCCGUGUCUUUAAUAGAGAUGAUUUGUUGGCUUUCUGUGAUAAUUGCUCUUUUAAAAGGUUAUUUUUUAUAUAAUGUAAAUCGCAUUUCUUUCGUUUACAUUACAUUUUUUCCAAACUCAAAUCGCGAAUACUGGAAUUCCUUUCCAUUCUCUCUGGCUACAUACUACUAGGAAUAACACGCUAUAUUCAAAUCUAUAUAUUUAUUUCUCGGGAAAUUCGGGUCAUUUUCAUUCGAUCACUCCUAAUCAUGAAUGAACGCUUUUUAAUCAAAACAUUUCAAAAGUAUCAAUUAUAAAGCUUAUUUUACUAAGUAAAACAACGUACAUCGUAAAAAAAAUAUUUCUUUAUAUUCCUGUAUGACUUUGAGCCCACUGCUUUGUGAUUAAUAAGCUAAAUGUUUUAGUACAUAUCUUUAAAAGAGUGGACUUUGAUUUUUAUAGCCAUGAAUGGCCUUCGCCUCAUGGUUAUGUCGUUAUCACCAUGACUUCAAAUAUUAGCGGUCCGUCUAUGAUACUAGACUGGGCGUGGCCUGUUUAGUUACAAUACUAGACUGGGCGUGGCCUGUUUAGUUACAAUACUAGACUGGGCGUGGCCUGUUUAGUUAUAAUACUAGUCUGGGUGUGGCUUGUUUAGUUACAUCGCUGUGCUUCAACUAGAGGCAAUUACUUGUUAUUGAUAUGCGAGAAGAUGUAGAGUGUGAUUUGUUAUUUGUUUGUGUUAUAUAAAUUGGCCACUAUUGUAAAUCUGUUUUCACGCUCAUGUACCCAUAUUUAUAAUUCAUACACAUUGUGUGUCAUCUAUUUCUUGAAGUUUUGAAAUGUUUUCCGCCAUUGUUAAAUUGUAUGCAGAGGGAAGACUAUAUAUAUAUAUAUAUAUGUUACCAAAUAACCUUAUAUCUAGAUCUAGUGAGAAUCCAUUACUUUAUAGAUCAUUGUUAAUACUGGUUGAUUCUUUCAUGUUGCUUUUUCAUAAUUCGAAAUGUAGAAAGAAUUUUAUAAAUCGUUGACCUGGUAUCAUGAGCGAGAUGAGAUUUAACACUUUUUUAAGACAUGCAUACAUUUAUUACAUUGAAAGUAGGUCACUGUUGACUCAUAUUUAUGAAAAAUAUAUUACAAAUGGAUUUCUGCGAAAAUGUUAAUAAUUGUAUUGCUGUAAUUCUGGUAAAUACUAGCCAUAAUAUACUGGUCGGCUAGAGAGAACUUUAGCUCGAUCUGUUGAGCAUCAGACUAGUACGCCAAUGGUCCCGGGUUCGAAUCUUAGCUGCGGCAUUGAAAUAAAUUAUGACCUCUGUUACAUUGGCGCCCAUGUUGGGACUAGGGAAUAAUAUUCAGCGAUUCUUGUGACCCCCGGAAACUCGGGGACGAGUUAUUCCCUGGUAAAAUACUAGCCGCAUUAUACCGCUCGGCUAAAGAGAAAUCCUCUUAAGCUCGAACGAUUGAGCGUCAGACUAGUACGCCAGGGGUCCCGGGUUCGAAUCCUAGCGGAGGUAUUUAAAUUGAUAAUGACGAUGUACUUUCAUGUCGUCUGUUGUUAGACUUUGUUACAUUUUACCUAUAAUUUUAUUGCAUCUAUCUCAUUGGAAUGUUUCGCUUAACUCUUUACUGACGCAAUAUGUAUGGAUCGCUAUCGAUUAGUUGCCAGGAUAUGGCAUAAAGGGGGAAUAUAUUCUAUAGAAAAUACUAUUUUUACACUAUGUUUAAUGUAGUAAUAAUAUUUUAAUGCCAUGUUAUGCAUGAUUUCAAUACGAUAUUGAAAAUGAUUUGAGAAAAAAUGCCCCUCAGUAUUUUCAUGACUUAAGACAAUAUUCCCAAAAGUGUUACCUUAUUCCUGUUUCGUUUUCCCACCAUCUUAUCCCAUCAUACUUUUAAGUAAUUAUCAUAAAAUUCCCGUAUAUGUUUCCCACCAUAUUCUUACGUAUUGAUUUUUAUUCUUUAUACAAUAUACACAAGUUUCUCACAUUUCUUUAACAAUGGUUCGUUAAGUCUUAACAACGGUAUCCUUUCACCUUUUCCUUUAAUGUGGCCUGUGUUAUAAAUACAAUAUUCCCUUUAAGGUUUUGCCGCAUUGUGCAAUAAUGUCAUAUCUGUUUAUUUAUUAAGUCUUUCAGGCUCCGCAUCGAAUAAAUUCAUCAUGACGUCA